GAUGAUUCAAGGCCUAGGUUUACAAUCGGAGAAAAUAUGGCUUCGUCGUCUGACACAAUUGUGUUUGAUACAAAGUUAAUGAAGACGUCAACACAAGCUGAGGAACUCGCGGCCACGUGGGGUGGAAGGUGUUCUUUGCCAGAUUCUAGCAGAUUAAGAAGAGCACACUCCUGGUCCGGAGGACCACCCGACGAUGUUGCUUCCAAAAUUAGGAUUUUAAGAGAACGAUUAGUGCGUACUCAAACCAAACUCCGCCCAGGUGCUAUUCGCCAUUUCUCACAUUCGCAAAGACUUACUUUGUUCUCUUUAGCGCUAGUUGAUUUUAUGAGUUUUUGUUCAAUGAGUAUAAUGGCACCCUUCUUUCCAAGAGAAGCUACGGAAAAGGGUCUAUCAAAUACCAUGUGCGGAAUUGUCUUUAGUUUUUAUGCAGUCAUCAUGUUUAUAACAUCUCCUUUAUUUGGAAAAUUCCUGCCGAGGAUUGGUGUAAAAUUUAUGUUUACCGCGGGGCUAUUCAUGGCUGGCUCCUGUAACGUAAUAUUUGGAUCAUUGGCCCUAAUACAGAACCCUACAACAUUUUUGGUAUUAUGCUUUAUUGUUCGAGGAUUGGAGGCGCUUGGAGCUAGUGCAUAUUCUACAGCCAGCUAUGUAUAUGUUGUUAAUGUAUUUCCUGACACCAUAGGGUCUGUGUUGGGUAUUUUGGAAACAUUUGUGGGACUCGGCAUGUCGGUCGGCCCAGCUAUCGGCGGCCUGUUGUAUUCGAUCGGGGGAUUUGGGUUACCAUUCUACAGUCUCGGUGUCGUUAUGGUGAUGACAGUGCCCAUAAAUAUGAUAUUCCUACCGGAUUGCGAAGAAUACGUGUCUGGUUCCAAAACAGCUUCCAUAAUACGGCUAUUUAAAAUCCCAUCUAUAAUUAUAACUGGUCUUGUGAUAGUUAUUGUGUCGAAUACUUGGGCUUUCUUGGAUCCAACACUGGAACCUCAUUUAAGACAGUUCUCUUUGUCUACGAAACAGAUUGGGUUAAUUUUUCUGCUACUAUCAAGUUUGUACGGAGUAUUCAGUCCCAUAUGGGGCUGGGUGGCUGAUAGGGUUCAUAAUCAUUGGUGCAUGAUGGUUUGGGGUCUCUUUCUGUCCACUCUUGGCUUGCUUUUAUUAGGACCUUGUCCAUUUAUUCCUGGUUUACCAAAAGAUUUGUGGCUUGAUCUCGUAGCGUUAUCCAUUCUCGGGAUGUCAGUCGCCUUGACGCUGCUGCCCACAUUUCAAGGAGUUUUGACUAGUUCAAUAUAUGAAGGCGGUUGUCCCGAAGCGAUAGCCACGUACAGCGCAGUGGCCGGCGUGUGGUCGUGCUGCUACUCGUUAGGCGAAGUGCUGGGCCCGGCGCUGGGGGGCGCGCUCGCGGAGCGCUACGGGUUCCCCUUCUGUGCUACGCUGUGUGCCGCUGCGUGUUUUACUAUGGGAGUCGUAACGCUUACAUUCUUUUCAUUGCGUGACACAUCAAAAUGGAUAGAUGAAGAGGAUUCUCUAACGGACUCCAUACCGUACACAGAUACAACUUGGAACAGCAAUAACUUCUGCAGAUCCCGCAGCGCCCCGCCUUGCCAAUAUGCGGAACAUACGCCAUUAAUCUCACCUACGCCGAGUUGCUAUAACAAUGGUCCACCCAAGUACGGUACAACAUCUCAAAAAAUAUGUCUGUUGCAUAGUAAAAACAAGAAAAAUGGGUCAGCGAGUGUCGCCGAAAUCUUAGAGUACAUACUCAAAUUUCAGUUCUUAACAAAUAUUUAUGUUAAAAUAUGGAGACUUAAAAAUAGGCACAAAAGCAAACCAAUACAAAGCGACGAAUUAUAUCAGAAUUAUUUGGUGUCUGAAAAUGUAAACUGUGAUAAUGCGCCUAAAGAACGAGAGCCUAGUGUUAAUGAGAGUACAAAUAUAAAUAAUAAUUACGGAAGUGGUCCUGAUGAAGACAGAUAUUGUUCAUUCAUAUACAACGCUAUUUUUGGCCCAGCCUCAAAAACAAACAAUAGCUUGAUUAUAAAACGUAAUAAUGCGGGUCUCGUUGUGAGAUUAGCAAAUAACCUGGAGGAGGCGCGCUCGACUGAUGAGAUAAUAAAGCAUAACCUCCAAAAAGUACUUUUUUACGAACAAAACAAUCCUUGUUUACUAACGGAUGAUAUUUUUAAUGGCUGCGAAUGUAAAGAUGGCAUCACGUUUGUCCGGGGCACAGUCACAGUUUCAUCUACAGGCGCCUGUGAAGUUUAAUGAAAAUUGAUUAUUUCACUUAGUAUUAAUGCAUAUUGAUAAAAAAU